AGCGGGGGCGAGGAAAAGUCUGGAGAAAAGCCCAAUGCACAUAUAUAUACGAUUAAGUGGACGCCAGCUUGAUAGUACGUUUCGAGGGUUUAGCCAAGACUCAAGAUCCGAUCGUCGCACAUCAAUAAAAAUGAAAUCAUUUCUGCUCUGUACAGUAGUCUUUACCUCUCUUCUAUCAACAUCUAUUGCACAGAAACCGUUCGUUAAGUGUUCAAACCAUAGUGAGUGUAGUCCUAAACAGUGCUGCGCUGGAUUAUCGUCCACAUUGAAAGGUGUCUGUCUCCAUCAACCACAGCUAAAAGAACCGUGCAAUCCCUACAUGAAGCCCGGUUCGAUGACAGAGUGUCCCUGUCGACUUGGCAUGGUUUGUGUUCCACGAAGAGACAGCUACUCUCGAUGCCAGUACAUCUCAACUAAUCCAGACGAGAUCGAUGAAAGCAGAUUACUGCCUUGAGCCGAGUUCACUACUUAGUAUAGAAAAUAUUAAAAAAUAAUUAACAAUAAAAUUAACUGUAUGUAAAUGAA